UCUAGGGUUUUCAAGGAGUAUGGCGCUCUUGGACGUUGCUGGUGGCGUGGCGCUGGCGAUCUUGUCCGGAUCGGUGCUGCUGCUAGUGCUGCUGAUCUUGCCGGUCGCCGGCUAUCUCUUUUCGCCGCGCUCGCUGCCCCAAGGUACCAAUGCGGCUAGGAAAAGAAAUGUUUUGCUUGUGAUUGCUCAUCCGGAUGACGAAUCGAUGUUCUUUGGACCCACGCUUUUGGGUUUGGCGUCCACUGGGGCUUAUAAUGUUAGAGUCCUUUGCCUCUCCUCAGGGAAUGUGGAUGGCAGAGGCUGGCAGCGAAAGGAAGAAAUUCUUGCUGCGUGUUUGGUGCUCAAAGUGCCGCUCGGAAACGUUGAAGUGAUGGACGUACCGGAGCUUCAAGAUGGUUUUGCGGAGCGUUGGGAUAUAGAAUUGAUCAGGCGUGUUGUACAACAGCACAUUAUGGAUCACAAAAUCACAACACUUAUUACUUUUGACUCGUAUGGUAUUUCGGGACACCCCAACCAUCGCUCAGUGCAUCAUGCUAUUUGUGCUUUGCUGCUGCAACUAGAGUCCAACAAAGAUCCUGUUGUGGAAGCUUGGCAGCUCGCAAGUUCAUCUUUGCUGCGAAAGUUUCUCGGUCCUCUGGAUGUAUGCAUUUCGCUAAUAGAGCAGCACCUACGGGAUCCUUCCAAGCACCACUGCUUUUAUAGCCAGAAGCCGUGGACAAACGCUAGAGCCAUGCGACAGCACAGGAGCCAGUGGAUAUGGUACCGCAAGCUUUUUGUCAUCUUCUCGAGGUACACUUAUGUCAACAGUUUGAAGCAGGAAGUUACCAAAACGAAACUCAGGUGCUUUGCAUUGGGGAGGGAUUUGUUUGUGCAUGAAUUCUCGCCUCGGCAAUCGCACUGGAGGACGCUUUCGGGGAGCAGUGCGCGCAGUGGUCAUUUCAAAACAAUCACCCGGAAAAUGAUUGAUCAUGAGUGGUCACCACUGAAGAGUGAUUGCUCCAAGCGCAAUCCUACGAAGUUGGAAACAACCAAAAAAAAAAAGCUUGGUGUGUGUAAGCUCCGUAGCGAGACGAGAAAAUACGCGUAUUUCUGGAAAGGAAGGAGAGAGUGGAUGGGAAUCGAACACGGCACUGGUGCCUGUGGCUGUCAGGGCCUGUACGGUCGCCCGUCCAUAAAGUUAAAAUCCCCUUCUUUUGACUAACGGUCUGGCUUUGACUGGUCAAUGGGAUAAGAUACUGGAAGGAUCUAGGCAGUGAUAAACGUGAAAAUGCCACAAGCUUUACGGCCA